AAGCCAAAGUCCUCUCCUCUCUUAUCCCUACUUCUUUAGCAUCUCAUCUGCCACUGCUACUCUCUCUCUCUCUUCCGCUUGGCGUGCCUUGUAAUUUGAGACCCUAAUUCUCUCUCAAGAAAGAAAAAAAUCAUUUUGUCUUUAAGUUUUCAUCUUGUUUUCUUUCAGUCAUAAAUUCACCUACCGCGUCUAGUAUUUCGGAAAUAUUUUUUAUUUAAGGCAGGGAAGAGAGAGAGAGGGAGAAGUAAGCAGCAGCCGAGGCCGAGCUAUCUCUCCCUUCCCUUCCUUCACACAGCUCUCAGAUCCGAAGCCGGGAGAAAACCGCGCGAAGAAGCCCUAGCCCUAGAUGUGCGCCGCCGCUUUCUUCUGGCGCUGCUCCUACUGCUGCUUCUAGGGAUCUGCGGAGAUGCUGGGCGUCGAGGCGGCCGGCGGCCGCGGCGGCGCGUCCUCCUCCUCCGCCGCAGAGAAUUUUGAUGCUGGGCAGUACGCCUUCUUCGGGAAGGAGUCACCCGUGGGGCUCGACCUCGGUUGCUUGGAGGACGCCGGCGGCGAUGGCAAUGUCGGUGGAUUCAGUGGGCCAGAAGAGGGUCUGUACCGGCUCUCCUCUGUUGGAGAAGAGAUUGACAAUUUGAGUAACUUGUCUGACAUUGAUGAUCUUGCAAGCACUUUUGCUAAGUUGAACCGAAGCAUCAGUGGAACUCGGAAUCCUGGUGUUAUCGGGGACAGGCGAUCCAUUUCAAGAGGAAGUUCUUUAACUGUUGACUGGGCUGAGGAUGUAGACUAUCCAAACUGGGUAGAUCAGGACAUAUUAGAAAAUGAGGAAUUCCAGGAAAGUAAAAGAUGGUGGUCAUCACAUUCUUCAGUUCAGCAAGGGGAUUCCAGCUCCAAACCAUUAAGUCGAACAUCUUCCUACCCUCAGCAGCCACUGCAGCACCGCUUAAGUGAACCUAUUGUUUUACCAAAAACCUCUUCAUUUACCUCCUUCCCACCGCCAGGUGUUGGUAGAUCACCUUAUCCUGCUCAAGGCCUUACACGCCAUGGGAGCAUUCCAUCAACUGGUGCUGGGCUCCAAAUGGGUUCUCCGAGCAUGUCACUUUCUGGUUCCCUGUAUCAUAUGGCUGGACCAUCUCAUGGACUACCAUAUGGAGGAGGCAUGCCUUAUGGUGCUCUUAACCUGCCUGCAAACAAUCCAAUGCAAAACGAUUGGUCAAACCAAGCUAACCCUUUCACUGGGGAGCAUCUUAAUCUGCUGCCCAACUUAUUACAUAAACAAUUAUCACUUCCUAAUAGCCCAAUGUCAUCACUGCUAUUCUCUCAGCAGCAGCAGAGAUUGGCGCAGGUCCAAUCUUCCCAUCAGAAUUACCUAAAUUUACCGCCUCACCUAUUCUAUCCUCAUCACCCCCCAGAGAUAUCAGGCAGGUUUGAUUCUGUUAGCAGUGUUCCUUCAUCAAGAGACAAGAGAUCAAGGUCAGGGAGGGGAAAACACAACAUUCGCUUCUCUCAACCACAGUCUGAUACUGGUAGCCAGAAUGGUGAUAGUGGAGGCCUAAAGUUUAGAUCCAAGUACAUGUCAUCUGAAGAGAUUGAAUCUAUCCUGAAAAUGCAGCAUUCAGCAAGUCACAGCAGUGAUCCUUAUGCCGUCGAUUAUUACCAUCAAGCUUGUAUGGCAAAAAGGGGCGCCACUUCUAGGCAAAAGACCAACUUCUCCCCAGCAUCACUGAAAGACUUGCCUUCCAAGUCUCGAUCCAGCAGUGACCAGCACACAUAUCUUCUGGUUGAUGCUCUUGGGAAAGUUUCUUUCUCUUCCAUACGUAGGCCUCGGUCUCUUCUUGAAGCUGACAAAUCUUCAUCCGCUGAUGGCUCUCGUGAUCAGAAGACCAUUAUGAGGCCACUGGAGAAAGAACCAAUGCUGGCAGCAAGAGUCACCGUUGAAGACUCCCUCUGCCUUCUUCUUGAGGUGGAUGAUAUUGACCGGCUGUUGCAGUCUAGUCAGGCACAGGACAACAGUUUCCAACUGAAGCGAAGACGACAAGUCCUCCUUGAAGGUCUAGCUGCAUCACUUCAGCUUGUUGACCCUCUUGGGCCCAGCAAAUCUGGUCAUUCAUCUGGGUUAGCCCCGAAGGAUGAUAUUGUGUUUCUUCGUAUUGUCUCUCUUCCGAAAGGACGCAAGUUUUUGGCACGUUAUCUUCGACUUCUUGUCCCUGGCAGCGAAUUGACCCGGAUAGUAUGCAUGGCUAUUUUUCGCCAUCUGAGGUUCUUGUUUGGGGGUUUGCCAUCAGACUCUAGUGCAGCAGAAACGACAGUUGCUCUUGCAAAAACUGUUUCGUCUUGUGUGCAUCACAUGGAACUUGGUGCUCUUAGUGCUUGCCUUGCUGCUGUUGUUUGUUCAUCUGAACAACCCCCUCUCCGUCCUCUUGGUAGCUCUGCUGGUGAUGGGGCUUCUCUAAUCAUUAAAUCAGUACUGGAUCGAGCAACUGAGUUACUGACUGAUCAUCCUGCUGCAGCCAACUAUACUGUGCCAAACCGAACUCUCUGGCAGGCAUCAUUUGAUGCUUUCUUUGGGCUUCUAACAAAAUACUGUGUCAGUAAGUGUGAAAGUAUCCUGCAGAUGUUUGUAAUGCAAGCAUCAAGCUCAGUAAUUGGACCUGAAGCUUCCAAAGCUACUAGUAAGGAGAUGCCUGUUGAGCUACUUCGUGCAAGCCUUCCUCAUACAAAUAAACAGCAACGCCAGAUGCUGCUUGAUUUUGCUCAGAGAUCCAUGCCGGUAACUGGUUUCAACCCCCCUGGUGCUAGUGGUGGGCACGUCACUUCAGAAUCUGUCCCUGGUUGAUAUCACUGAAGGAGAGACCAAAAGGGCAAAGGAUCAAUGCUUUAGAACAUUGAUGCGAUUGUCUUCGGAUGGUAAUUCUUGUAUCUGAAGACAUGCAUGCCCAAUCAUAAGGUGCGAGCUUGGAGAAGUUCCACUGUCUCAGGAAAUUAGCCUUCACUUCAGGUUGUGACGUAAGUGUAGGUUUCAGAUUGAUCUCAUAGACCAACAAUCUCGGUUCCGUGGGUCAUUUAAUAUAGCACCCACCUGAUGAUUAUAACAGACUAUGCAUGUAUGCUAUACUGUUGUAACUCUGUGCAGUGUUGUGGUCACCUCGUUGGGGCAGUUUAGUUUUUAACAUUUGUAUGCUCCAGUGAAGAAGACCUUAGUGGGUGUAGUCUCUAACCAGUGAAGACCUUGGUGAGCUGGCUGCGAGCAGGCCCAUAAGCGCAUUUGCAUCACUAGCACUCUAGCUAGCUGUGGUUGUGGUUGUACAGGUUCGAUUCGAUUAUUAGGGCCUUCCUGUCUUUUAUUUUUUACGGGUGUGGAAGGUGCCCAGUAUCAAGUAUGAAGUGUGUGGUCUGGUCUUAGUGUCGUGUCUACUUCGGUACUUUUGUUAGGCUUCUGGAAAGAUAUUUUCUUCUAGUUAGCCUUCAGCCUUCUAAGGUUUCAGAAUAGUGCAUGAUCCAGAUGCCCACUGAUACUGUGUAGUGAAAUACUGGAAUUGGGGGUGUGCCAUUUCGACAUUUCUUCUGUUGGUGUCAUUGGACGAGUCUGCUCAUUUACUCUCAUUAUAUACUGGCAUUAAGCAAUUCUUA